CAAAAGGCGGGUCAUUCCUCUCUUCCGGGUCAAUUCAACCAACCCUCGUUUGGACUUUGGACAUUUCUCUCUCUCUCUCGGGUUCGGAUCUUUCUAUCAGGUGAUCAAUUUGGAAUUCUUUUUUAUUCGAAGCUUGUCCAAUUUGAUUGGGAAGUUUAGGGUUCGGACUCGAGAAGUUUUGGGUUUUUUUUUUUUUUGGUUUCAAAAUUGUUAUGGAUGGUAAUAAAGAUGAAGCUUUAAGAUGUGUUCACAUUGCUGAAGCAGCAAUAGCUUCUGGUAACAAAGAACGUGCGUUGAAAUUCAUUAAAAUCGCGCAACGCCUUAACCAUAGUUUAUCUGUUGAUCAACUUUUGGCUGCUUGUGAAAACCUUGAUUCCGGGUCGUCCCCUGCUUCUCCUGUUGUUGAAAAGUGUGUUUCUAGUGAUAAGAAUAGAGGCGGUUCGACUAAGUUGGAUGAGGGUUUGAAUGGGGAGAGGAGUUAUACUGAGGAACAUGUUCAGUUGAUUAGGCAGAUUAAGAGGAACAAGGAUUAUUAUGCGAUUCUUGGUGUGGAAAAAACUUGUUCAGUUGACGAGGUUAGGAGAGCAUAUAGGAAGUUGUCGUUGAAAGUUCAUCCGGAUAAGAAUAAGGCUCCGGGUUCCGAGGAAGCCUUUAAGAAAGUGUGCAAGGCCUUUAAGUGUUUAAGUGAUGAUGAUUCAAGGAGGCAGUAUGAUCAAGUGGGUCUGGUUGAUGAAUUUGAGUACAAUCAGCAGCAUAAUGUGAGACAGAGGAGGAGGAGAUAUGGGAAUGAUUUGUUUGAUGAUGAAUUUGAUCCUGAUGAGAUAUUCAGGGCAUUUUUUGGUCAGGGGGAUAUGUUUAGGACGUCUCACGUUUACAGGACUAGAGGGAUGGGUGGUCAUCAGAGGGAGGAGCAUCAUGGCGGAGGACCUAAUUUCUUGGUCCUUCUUCAAAUAUUGCCAUUUUUGUUGAUUUUCUUGCUUGCUUAUCUGCCCAUUUCCGAGCCUGAGUACUCUUUGGUUAGGAAUUACUCAUAUCAGAUUCCUAAGACAACUGAGAAAUAUGGAGUGGAGUUUUACGUCAAAUCAUCAGCAUUUGAUGUGAACUUUCCACUUGGAAGUCCUGCUCGAGCUAAUUUUGAGGACAAUGUGAUUAACGAUUACAGACAUAUGCUUUGGCGCUAUUGCCACGUGGAACGCCAGAAGCGUCAUUGGAAUAAGAAUUUGCCAACUCCACACUGUAAUAAACUACAAAAUCUUGGACUGGCAUGAAGGGAACAUGACUGGAUUCUGCGAAAUCAUCAACAAGAUAUUAUGUUGAUGGGCAUGGAACCCAAAGUAGUGCAGUUGGACGAGUCAAAAUUGUGGGAUUAGUUCUACAGAUAUAGCCCAGCAAUUUUGUUAUGUCCGAGUGCAUUCUUUUGCCAUGCUGUCAUCUGCUAAGAUGGUUCUGGGUUGGUAGACUGAUUUUCAAUGUAUGCGAAGGUGAUAAUGAGGCUUGCGGACACCUUCAGGCCAUAAUGCUUCUCUUCUGAUCAUGUAAAGAAGUCUACAGUGCAGUUUGUACCAAGUAUGAUUCUUGUACGAAUAGAAGGCAAGGAUAGUUAGCACAAAUAACAUAAAUUGAACAAAGAAUGAUCUUCAAGAUUGUUACUUUUGUUGUUUCAUUCUCAUUGAGUUCCAGCGAUGUCUAUACUGCUUUUUAGAGAUCCAGAUCUUGGAUCCUCCAUAUGAUUAUGUUAGAAAUAUGCAAAAGUCAUUGAAUUGUUCUUUGUUCUUCUGCUA